CCGGGAAUUACGGACGGGCCGGGUCUUCCCGUUACUGGUCACAAUUGGAAACGUUCGCGCCAUUUCACGCCAUCAGUUGCUUCGGGUUUCCAGGCUUGAACGAGAGAAGUUUGAGCCAUGUCGACCACCGAGCCACUGGCCGGCCAAAAUAUUUAUAUCGUACCUUCGUUCACGUUGGAAUCCGGAACGGAAUUGAAGCAGGUCCCCGUUGCAUACAAAACCUGGGGUCAACUCAACGCAACGCGAGAUAACGUUAUGAUAGUCUGUCACGCGUUCACCGGCAGCGCCGACGUGGAAGAUUGGUGGGGACCCCUCAUGGGCCGAGGCAAAGCGUUCGACCCUCAACGUUUCUUUGUCUUCUGUGCUAACGUCUUGGGCUCACCAUACGGCACCGCAUCGCCCGUAACCGUAAAUCCAGAUACACAGAAACCGUUUGGUCCCGAGUUUCCGCAGACAACUAUCCGAGACGACGUUCGACUACACAAGCUAGUACUGGACCACCUGGGUGCUUCUGGCGUAGCGGUCGCGAUCGGGGGGUCGAUGGGAGGCAUGGCAGUCCUCGAGUGGCCGCUUUGCACUCCCCAAGGCUAUGUCCGUCAUAUCAUCCCUAUCGCUACAUCCGCCCGUCAUUCUGCCUGGUGCAUCAGCUGGGGCGAAACCCAACGACAGAGUAUAUACAGCGAUCCCAUGUACAAAGACGGUUACUACGACGCCCAGCCAUCUUCGGGGCUCGCUGCAGCACGUAUGGCUGCACUGCUUACAUACCGUUCCCGCGACUCCUUCGAACAGCGAUUCGGUCGACGCCCACAAGUUCCCCCCGUCUCCAAUCCCAGCGCAAUCGCCCCACCGUCAUUACCCUGUGCUGCGGACGCCGCCCUUGCUGCGCACAAUGAAGGCUGUCAGAAAUUAUCCAGCCCAAAUUUCCAAUCCAAAACGCCCGAGUUACGACAAUCGGCAUCCUCCACUCCUCCCAUCUUCUCUGCACAGUCAUACCUCCGUUACCAAGGCGCAAAGUUCGUUGCCCGGUUCGACGCCAACUGCUAUAUCCAUAUCACUCGUAAGCUGGACACGCACGAUGUCGCUCGGGGGCGCACGGUAUUCCCCGAAAAUUCUAGCAGUACAGCGCAAGCGACCGCGCUUGCAGCUGUACUCGCGACCCUUCCCCGACGCGCGUUGGUCAUCAGCAUAGAAACGGACGGUCUGUUCACGCCUAGCGAGCAGAAAGAACUGGCCACUCAUAUACCGGAAGCAAGACUCGUGGUCAUUCCAUCCCCUGAUGGACAUGACGGGUUUCUUCUCGAGUUCGAGCAGAUUAACAAACAUAUACUUAGGUUCUUACGGACAGAAUUCCCGGAGUAUUACCAACAAGAGGUCGAUGGGGAAGUCGGAGUGGACGACUUCAAGGUGACAAAGACGAGUUUGUUUGGGGAGGCAGAGCUCGAUGUCACGAGAUGGUAGCUAUGGAAGUAGCAGACCC